AUGGAGCAACAAAACGAAAAGGGCAAACACAAACUGAGCCCUCAAACAGACCCGGCAGUCACUAAGAAAAGUCGACCUACAUGUUUUGUCGAGACUCCAGGAGGAAGUCUUAGAGAAACGAAUCCUUCUACAGAUCAUCAACCCAGUAGUUCUGCUAUGGCUCCUCCCGGCUCCAAGUUGAAAGAGGCUCCAUCGCUCGAGGGCGCCGACGACAUCGAAACAGCUCAAUCUUCUUUUUCUAGCAGCUUGCCGAUUCGUCCUGCUACAGAAUCAACUCGUACCACACCCGCCAACUAUGAUCUCUCCGAGCAACACCUCAGCACACUGUCCGUUCGCGAGAAGCUCCGCAAGGGUAUCGCCAUGAGCUUGGCCAACGAUGUGGUCGCGGAUACCGUUCCUGGAAUGAUGAUAAACACGGAUAUUGAGCAUCACGUGGAUCCCAAACUCACCUCCUACCAAUUCCGCGGUCGAGGCACCGAAAUGGUUAACCACGAACUAACAGCAAGAGUGACUGAUGCUUAUGAAUCCAUGGAGACCAGGGGAAAGAUGGCUCAACACAGAAAUGAUGGAAUACCUCAAGCGAGAAUAGCUGGUGCGCGGCUUCAAGCUGUCACUAGAACUGCCAACUACAACCCGUUCAAGCCUUUCACUUACGUUCCGAGUCCCCAUCCAAACAAUACCAUUUCCGAAGCCGAACAAAGGGAAGGACUGACAGCUUGGCUCGAGUCAGCUUGCCGUCGUUUUGGGUACAAAACCCUGGAAAUUGAUCGCCUUUCUUUCAGGCAUGACUUCCAACACAACGAGCUGACACUCAUGGAACGUGGUAAUGACUUUUGGGUCGCACCUAACGAAUCGUAUUCCAGUCCUGUGUAUAUCGAUACUGCCCAUGAAGGUAGCAUCACUUUGUAUGAGGCGAAUAUAAGUUCUUGUGGACAUCCCCCAGAAGUACAAAAAUGGACUUGGUUCAAGAUCACCAAACCGUUCAGUAGAGGAAGGCCGAGGGGGGUUGGAGACGUGGUCAAUUCCGGCAUUACUUUCGCUAUCCCCACGGCCAAUAUUGAGAAGCUCGUACAAGAGUGGAGGUUUAGCACAAACGGCAUCCCUACCUUUACCACACCACAAGCCAUGGACGAAAAGAAGUUUUGGGGGUGGGUGCAGAGGCUCAUGGGCAGCAAUGCCUGCCUCGUUGAAGCUAUCUCCAAGAAGGGAUGGGUCCGAAUCGACCCUGAACCGCAGCAGAGCGAAGGAAGUGACAGCCGGGCACCCGGCCGUCGAGCUGCGGCCCGAGGAGCAUCGGGGCUACGAAACGAAGUUUAG